AUCGUUACAGGUGUGGCGUGCAGUCGCAGAUUGCGUGAACAAAUAUGUGACUGGGAUUACUACAGUUGGAACGGGACUGCUGCGGAACCAUGCAUCACAGUGUGUAUGCAGUUCUCUGCUGGACAUUGGUCGUCCAGGUAGCGCCGACUCUCGCAUAUUCGAUUGACUGGGACACACAACCAGGCCGGAGGAAGCCCUUCGCUUUACCCGUGACAGGAUGCAUGGAAAAUCGGCUUCUGAGGAUGCGUAUCGAAUGCGAGCGGAUUCUGGAGGAUGUGGAAUUGAGGCGAGCUGAAAAAGACCAAGCCGAAGCGUGCAGGAAUUUACGCAAAUACAGCACCUGCAUCGAUAGGUCUCUGUCUUCCACAAAAUGCCGACGUGAUCGGUAUGUUUUUGGCAGAGAAGUGGACCGCCGGAAGAGACAGCUCAGGACAUAUAACUGGGAUUGUCAAAUGAACAUUCAAAGCUACGACUAUGUUAUGUGCGAUGGUAAGACCCUCUUGAAUCGUCAUCUUGCCUGCGGAACCACCUUUGACAGGGCUAUCGUUAACCUCAACUUCCAGUUAGAAGUAGAUAAGGAGAAACUCUGCGAGUCCCUGACUGAGUACAAGCACUGUGUGACGCCACUGAUAAAGAAUGACGCGUGCUCCGGAAACAAGGACCUCAUCAGUCGCAUGCUGCACUUCUCAAAGGCAGUCGUCGGGGAGUACACCUUGGAAUGCAAGACUAUGGCUAUGAAACACAUGAUGGAAGAACAGCAAGCGGAAGAGCCAAACUGUCAGCAGGAAGACCUCCGAAACAAAGUAAUCACCUGUCAGCAGGAGUCUUACCGUAUCAUAAGAGCCAGGGAUAUCCACGCCGACACGGACAUAUGCGAGGAACUUGACCUUUUGAAAGUGUGCAUCGAGAACUCGCUGAAGGAGACCAGCUGCACGAGGGACAAAACGUCGAAAGACAUCGCCAAGGACACGAUGGAGGAGUCGUAUGGCAGAUACAAUGUUAGAUGCCGCUGAGAUGCCAUCAGCUUCAGCCAGUUCCGAAACAACAAGACUUCAGAAUAAAUAUCUUAUUACCAAG